ACAUGGAAACAAUAUUUUCCCCUCAAACUUGCUUCUAUUUUAAAAAAAAAAAUAAAGGUUUUUUUUACCGAGGCUCAACCUAGCCUCGUAAUAUAUCAGAGAAUCAAAUUUUCAACUUUAUUUUGAAUUGAAUUUGAGAAAAAAACUAAUGCUAUGGUAUAAUUAAAUUCUAGCUAUGGUAUAGCCAUCUGUAUGGUUGUUUCGAAUGCAUUGCAAGGAGGCUAACAUAACCUAUAUUUACUUCUAAAUUAUUGCUUGGAACAAUUAACGACGUUUUCUUGAUUAAAUUUUAUUUAUAAAAUGGUUGUAUGCAACGUCGAAUGUAUAAAAAAAAUUAUUCAAUAUCUAGAUGUUCCAUCGGAUAAAUUACGUUUAUGUGAAAGUAAUAUAACGAAUAUUAGUAAUUUACAAGCGAAUGAUCCUGUUUUGUACUUUAGUACUUUGAUACAAGCUUUGGUAAAAAACUCUAAAUACCCUGACAUACUUGGCAAUGAUAAAGAGACGCAAGCUUCAACACGUCAAUGGUUGGAAUAUAUUGUAAUUUGUAUUAAUUAUGCAGAUACUUCUGCCAAUGUUAGAAAGGUUUUAAAGGACUUAAAUAUGGUAUUGAGUGAUCAAACUUAUUUAAGUGGUACGAAGCAGACUAUUGCAGAUGUUACACUUUAUUAUACCUUAUAUAAAAUAAUGAGUGAAUUAAGUCACCAAGAGAAGGCACAAUACGUUCAUGUAUCUAGGUGGUUCGACAAUUUACAGCAAGAUAUAAAAUUGAGGCAGACAUUGGACUUAAUCUCGUUCAAUUUGAUGCAUCUGUUCUUAUAAAGUAAAUAAACAGAUUAUACUAAAUUAUCUUGUGUACUGUCUUAAUCAAUUAUAAACUUGUGACGAAAGAAAUAAAAAUACGAGGGGAAA